AAAUAUGAUGGGAGAAAAGCAGAUGUUUGGAGCUGUGGAGUCAUUUUGUUUGCAUUGUUAGUGGGUGCUCUGCCAUUCGAUGAUGAUAACUUGAGGCAGCUGUUGGAGAAAGUGAAACGUGGCGUGUUCCAUAUGCCACAUUUCAUCCCCCCAGAUUGUCAGAAUCUCUUACGAGGGAUGAUUGAAGUGGAUGCCUCGAAACGGUUGACACUAGAACACAUUCAGAAGCAUAUAUGGUAUAUAGGGGGUAAGAAUGAGCCAGAACCAGAACAACCAAUUCCUCGAAAGGUCCAGAUUCGCUCUCUCCCUUCCUUGGAAGACAUCGAUCCUGAUGUUCUAGAUAGCAUGCACUCAUUAGGUUGUUUCCGGGACAGAAACAAACUAUUACAGGACUUGUUGUCAGAAGAGGAAAAUCAGGAGAAAAUGAUUUAUUUUCUACUCCUUGAUCGGAAAGAGAGAUAUCCCAGUCAUGAAGAUGAGGAUCUUCCUCCUAGAAAUGAAAUAGACCCUCCCAGAAAACGUGUGGACUCUCCAAUGCUGAACAGACAUGGCAAGCGGAGACCAGAGAGGAAGUCCAUGGAGGUUCUAAGUGUGACAGAUGGAGGAUCCCCGGUUCCUGCCCGCAGAGCAAUUGAAAUGGCACAGCAUGGACAGAGUAAAACAAUGUUCAGUAAAAGCCUGGAUAUCUGUGAAGCCAAUCCCACAUUCAGCAAAGAAGACAGGAUGACGAGUGCUGACACCUUGGGGUCUCGUUCAAUCAGUGGAGCUUCAUCUGGCCUAUCUACCAGCCCUCUCAGUAGUCCAAGGGUUACCCCUCACCCCUCUCCAAGGGGCAGUCCCCUCCCUACCCCCAAGGGGACACCUGUCCAUACGCCAAAGGAGAGCCCAGCGGGCACACCCAACCCUACGCCACCAUCCAGCCCCAGCAUUGGAGGAAUGCCCUGGAGAACACGGCUCAACUCAAUCAAGAACAGCUUUCUGGGAUCGCCUCGAUUUCAUCGCAGGAAAUUGCAAGUACCUACACCAGAAGAGAUGUCCAAUUUAACUCCAGAAUCUUCCCCAGAGCUUGCCAAAAAAUCCUGGUUUGGUAAUUUUAUCAACCUAGAGAAAGAAGAACAGAUCUUCGUGGUUAUUAAGGACAAACCAUUGAGUUCUAUCAAGGCUGAUAUAGUACAUGCAUUUCUGUCGAUUCCCAGUCUCAGUCAUAGUGUCAUCUCCCAAACAAGCUUCCGGGCAGAGUACAAGUCCACAGGAGGCCCUGCUGUCUUCCAGAAGCCAGUGAAGUUCCAGGUAGACAUUACAUACACAGAAGGUGGGGAGGCCCAGAAAGAGAAUGGGAUCUACUCCGUCACUUUUACACUUUUAUCAGGUCCAAGCCGUCGCUUUAAGAGAGUAGUAGAAACCAUUCAGGCACAAUUGUUAAGCACACAUGACCAGCCAUCAGUGCAACAAUUAUCAGGAAUUAUCCCGAAAAGUUAACAUGUCAGCCAACAUCUUCACCUUCUGUGCUCCGCAAAUGCUUGUUCACGGAAGGCCAGUGAUGUAAGACUGUCCACGGACUGGUUUUGGGGGGGUUAGGGGAAACUUCCAGCCUCCUGUCUCCCACUGUAGGAAAUGGGUCUCCUCCAUUCCAUUUUCCCUCAACACACAAUUUUUCUUUUGGUGCUCUGUGCGGAGAACAGCUGAGAAAUUGCAACCUGUCACAGUUGGAAUUCCAGGAAAGCAUCGUUGGUUGUGACUACUACACCCUUUCCUCCUGGUGAAACUAGACUCUGGGAGAGCGUGUGGGGGAGGAGGGUAGGGAAUAAAAUGGCAUAUUGUUCUCAUUCCAUAUUAAGAUUUUUAUAAGAACUAUCCCCCCUUCCAUCUCUUUCUUCCCAUCCGAAUUGUUUUUCAAAUUGUGUUUUUGUAAUCUCAAAUCGGCUUGGUUUGUAUUUUUUUUUUCAAUUGGCUGGAGAGGCAGCCAUAAACUUGAGGGAAACAAAAAUACAAGGAAACAGUCAAGCAAACAUGGACACUGAAUCUUAGGGAAAAGCCACUAUCGGCAUCAAGGACAAAGGACAAGAAUCCAAUUCUGAGGCACAGCCUCACCUGCGGCCAAGCUCUGCUCUGGCUACCACCUUCACCGUCAUCGCCACCGCUAUUAGGACUUCUUCUCUUCUUGACCUCCUUUCUCAGACCAUUCCUUCCACAUUGGAAUUUCCCUUCGGCCGGCUGAAUUAUCUGCUACAUCACACAUCUGGAUGCAAUUAUGGUGUCAUUAGUGCUGCAUUGAUAUAUCAGUAUUAUUUAUUUGCUGGUUUUGUUUAUUUAUUUGGGUUGUGUAUGUACGUUUGGGUUUGUUUGUUUUUUUAAUGCGAAAGACGACUAUGAGAUGAGAAAUAGAUUUCCCCCCUUUUUCCUUUGUGCGUGCCUGUGUGUAUAGCCACUGGUACAUAGUUUCAUUCGAACAAAAUAUGGAGGAGAUAGCACUAUGGACGAGUUCAACACAAAGCUACUGUAAACUUUUAAAAGUAUUGCAAGAUAUUUUUAUAUUUGUUUUGGGUUUUUCCCCCCUUUGUUUUUGAAGAAGGAUGAGUGGGCUGGAUUUUCUGUGUAGUUAAGUUAUUAUUAGGUCUUGGUUAUUAUUUAUAAUGCAUAUAUAUAAAUAUAAAUAUAUAUGUAUAUAUAUAAAUAUAUUUAAAAUUUUAAGAUGUUAGAUAUAUCUUCUGCUUUCAUUACUGAAUAGAGGUGACAUUGAUUUGUAUUUAUUUGGGGAGGGGGUGGAAUUUCAACAAGAACACAACUUGUUCCUCUCACCAAUGUUCCUUUUCUUCUUUUUCAUUUGAUGUCUCUCUCUCUCACUCUCACUCUCUCACUCUCUUUCUCUCUCUCCAAGUCUAGCUGGAGAGGAAGAUUUUUAAAAUACCAUAAAUGACAGGCAAAAAAGAAGAUGGCAAGAUUCUAAAAUCCAGUAUGUUUUAAAUGUAGAGUUAGUAUUCAGUCCCCUUAUUAUCUUCAAUUGCUAUUGUUUGGGUUCCUAUAAAUGUGUGUUAAACUGCAAUAUUUUUUUAAUGUUAAUAUUAGAUUUCUCUUUCACUGUUUGUGUUUCUUUCCUAUUAUUUUUAUUUCUAUGUUUGUCCUGGUUCAUUCUGCCCUUAUUGGACCUGUUUUUUCCCCUGUAUAUAGGUUUGAAGAAAAAAGCAACCACCAAUAUUUUGAAAAAGAUCCACAAAAGUGGAAGGUGUUUUUUUUGUUGUGGUUUGGUUUGGUUCUCCUAAUCUUAACCUUUUCUCUUCUAUUGCUGUGUGCAUGUUCGACCUUGGUAGGGUGGUGGCUGGGGACAGAGGGAGGUGAGAAUGUAGAGUUCUGGAGGCAGUUUUAAUUGCAUGAUAUUGCUGUAAAUUAUUCUCUCUUGCUUCUGUUGUCUUUUCUGCCUCCAUUUUCUCCUUCAUUCUCUCCAAAGCUUCUCUUCCACCGCCCUCAGUCUGUUUCCCUGGUUUUUCUUCCUUUAUGUAUAGCUUUUAAGGCUUCUGUUAACUUGUACCUCUACAAAAGGCUGGGAUUUCAAAUAAUAAUAAUA